GCAUUUACGAAGCUUAACUCAGCAACCAGCCGAAAUGAUCUGUUUCAGAGGUGCCAAUCCAAAAAUUUUUCCCGUUCAAUAUCGUCUAGUGACAACAACCAGACCUUUUCUCACUUUCCGCAACCUUUGACUAUAUGACAUAAUAUCAUAUGACAUUCUCAUAUCAGGUUGGAGGCCAUCGCCACUCGGUUUCGAUGAGAAGCCUUUCGGGAAUUAGUACGACCCAGAGACGGCUUCGCAGCGCCAUGGCGGAGCCGGCACAGCCACCACCAAGCACCUUUGGAAAGCCCAUCGAUGACGGGACAACGGAGUCUCCAGAGGUGGAAGAACCUGCGAGUUCAAAGUAUCAGUUGAAUUCCUUCGAGGACUUCCGUCAGUACUGCAUCGACGCAAAUGUGGCUUUGGUGAGGCCCAAGUUUUUAGAAGAACUCUGCCGGGCCGGCGGAGUCUGGCCCCGACGGCAGGAAGCUGAGAAGAUGGAAGGAGCCUUGUACAAACCAGGGCCUGAUGACCAGUUCUCAUUCAUUGGGAUCUCGCAUUGCUGGGAGGCCCGCGAACAUCCUGAUCCCUUUGGAUUCCAGUUGAGAACCAUUGUUGAUGCCUUGCACUACUGGAAAGCUGCCAAUCCUGAGAAGUAUGAAGAUGGUGACACGUAUUUCUUCAUCGACUAUAUGUCCCUGCCGCAAUUCCUGAGGAAUGCGGAGGAGGAAAAAGACUUUCAAUUGGCCAUGCAACACAUGCACUUUUUCUAUGCCAACAGUGGUGCCGACUUUUGCAAGAGCGUUUGGCGCUUGGAGCGGCUCACACCUCGAAGCUUGAAGAGAUGGCAGCUCUGGCAAGGAAGAAGUAUAGCUGUUUACAGCCUUGCCGAAGGCAGAGUGGCAGAGGUACCUUUGAAGCGAUUGAAGUCCAUGGUGAAUGGCAAGUGCUGCAGCACUUGCGAUGACAAAUGUUGCAAUCUCCAUAUCAAUGAUGUGAUGUACCUGUGCCGUGGCUGGUGCCGAGCUGAGUUUGAAUGGGCUAAACCCAACACUGUAGAUAUCUCUCGCCAAGCCACGUUUCUUCGCUGCUGCUGGGCGACUUAUGAUGCGGAGUUUAUCCGCUUGUCCCUGCCCUGGACGCCUGAGGCGUUCCAGCAGCAACUCGCUAGCGAGCAGUUGAAAUUCACACAUCGAAGUGACAUGGGACCAGUGGUGAAGCUGCAAGAGCUUGUAUUUCAUCAAAAAGUCGCCACCAUGGAAGAAUUCCAAUGUAACUGGUUGAGAUUGUCAGAGGUCGAAGACUUGGUGAAGCUUUUGCCACGUUUGCAGGCCGUAGAGACGUUUGCUCUCAUGGCCGCCUACCUGUCGAGUCAACAACAGGUGCCCUUGGCAAAGGCCUUAGCUUUUCACCCCACGCUGCGCAAGGUCGAGAUCGCACACGUGCAACUGACGAUUCCAGCAGUGGAACUGUUAGUCUCGGCUCCUCGCUUACAUCGCUUAGAGAUGCUACGACUGGAUGCUUGUGGCCUAGGUGAUGCAGGUGCCAAGGUCGUCGCGGAUGCUUUCGUCAUUCACCCAGCGCUCACAGAACUGCACCUGGCCUUCAAUGGCAUUGGCAGCGCUGGGGCGGUGGCUUUAGCCCAUGCGCUUCCGGCCAUUCGCUGCUUGGAAGAACUGAAUGUGCGCUGGAAUCGCAUCCACUCGCUGGGUGCCGUGGCCUUGGCCAAUGCGGCGAACACGCUGAAACGCCUGGAUAUCCGAGACAACCCCAUUGGUGCUAAGGGCGCAAGAGCCUUGAGAUGCAGAUCCAUCGAUGUGGAAAGCGAAGUGCUUCAUUUCAAUGUAGACACAUCCUGGCUGGGCUUCUUCCGUUGCAUUCUGUGGCAACUCUUCAUGCGACUCUUCCUCAGCAUGGUGGUGCUUCCCAUGACAUGCUUCAGGUGGCGGCAAAGGAUGUUCCAUGUCAUGACGGCCAAAGACGGUUCCCGAGUUCGGCCCGCAGAGCCUUCGGAGAGUUCCGAGGAGGUCAUCCAGAGUGGUGAGGCCAAUGCGGCACACCGCUGUCAAAGUGACAAUGCCAGUGUGGCAACCAUUGACUGAAGAAAAUGGGUCCCACAUCGAACGAAAGUCCAGGUUUCAAUAGGUUUCAUCGCAAUUCAUAUCACUUCCUCACUGAUAGCCACGUGAGCCGCAGCCCAUGAGAAAAAAUUGUGUGAAGGCAGUGCGAGUGUGUUUCCAUUCGGGAUCAUUCAAGGGGAUCAUGGUGUUGUUUCUGUCAAACAUGUUGAUCUUCUUUCAGGCGAAACCUGUUUUGAGCUGGUGAUGUUGUGGAAGAAGCAGCCUGGGCGGACGACUAUGGCAGUCUGGUGUUUGGUUGGAAGACCCUGAAGAUCCCUGAAGACGUCAGCCAGCACAGUCUAAACAAGAGUUGGUCGCCUUCUUGCACAAGGCCUGCAAAUGCACAAGGUCCUCGCUGCAAUGCAUUCGGGGUCUUUUCCACCUGGGACCUGAGGGGCGACCGCCUCCAUCGGCGACCACGCUGACUCCGGCCUGCCGAGAGCGAAGUGAGAGCGAAGACAGUGAGAGCGACUCCCCGGGUUGGUUGGUUCAUGUUUCCAAAGCCUUGCAGAGGGACACUUCAG